AUGGUGUCUAUUCUGUAUUUCAAUCGAUUCGAAAUAUUUCGAACGACUUGGUAAAUUCCAUUCCCUGUUUCGUUCGAGGUGUUUUCAAAUUCGAAUACCUUUCGUUCGGACUGUUUUGUUUUCGAACAUCUUUCAUUCGAAUCAAACCAAACGUCAAACCCACUUUGUUUAUGAAGGAGUGAAUAAUUUCCGCAGCGGAUGAGCGGUGAACUGCAAAAAUGGAAAAAAACAAAAACAAAACAACCACUAAAAAUCAGUUCGAGCGGAUUGUGCUGCUUCUGGAGCAAGAGCCGGACAUAGCAAAGGGUUUCUCCCGAGGAAAUUCCGGACCCUUCUGGGAUGAUCUGGCGGCAGAAGUCAAUAGUUUGGGACCGCCUAUUCGCGAUGGAAGUGGAUGGAAAAAGGUUUGGGCGGACUAAGUCCGGAUUAAAGCGAAAACUCGCUCACAACAAACGGGAGCAGAGGGCGACAGGUGGAGGACCCAAUAAAAUUAUCAAUUUGUCCGAGCUGGAGGAGCAGGCAGUUCUACUAACUGGGUUACUUGCGACCGUGGAAGGAAUCCCGGGUACCUCAUCUCAUGGAACACAGUUGGAUUCGCCUUCGGGUGAACCUCAAGCUGCAGACCAGGAAAAUUUUAUAUAUUAUGGUACUUCCGACGAGUGUGACGGUAUCAAUAAUACCAUUCACUUCCAGCCCUCUCAGCCGAAAAAAUCCAGACCUUCUACCACGAGGCUAUUAGAGCUGCAAGUCGAGCAACAAAACAAAUUUCACACCAAUGUGAAAUCCCUGUUAAAAAACACAAACAAGAAUUUGAGUGAUCUGGUUCAUUAUCAGCGCCAAUCAGCUCGAGCGAUUCUUUCCGUGGAUGCCACACUCAAAGAACAUCUGAGUGAACAAAAACGACAUAACCACGAGAUGAGAAGAUCGCGCUGGAGAAAUCAAUAGUCAAGCGACAAAUCCUUGAAACGCAGAUUGCGUAUAUUUCAGAACAUUAGAAUAAUGUUUCAAAAUAUCAGUGAUCUGAUUUUUUAUCUUUAUAUUGUAACUCAAGUAUAAAAAAAUGAAAAAAGUUCUAAUCGUAUUUUUAUAUCUUUCCAUGGAAGAAAAAUCUUACUUAAUUUUUUCUUUGAAGUUUGUUUGGAAUAGCAUCAAAAUUAUAUAAACUUUUUUAAAAUUCACGAAUUUCGCCUAUAGUUUAUGGAACUUCCUUAACCCCUUCACGUACAACAUUGAACUUCACUCGUUGUUUCUCGAUGUGAAAUAAUUACAUAGCUUCAGGCAUAUGAUGAGGAUACCGACAACUGAAGAUUAUCAAAUUUCCGUUAUUUAAAAAAAAAAUUGAAUGAGCUAAAAAUAUAAAAUAUAAUUUGAAUAUUAUAAUUAAAAUAAAAACGAACGAGUUAGUACGUAGUAAUAACUCCUUCGUUUUUAUUUUAAACACAACAUGUAUUUGCUCAUCAUAGGGCACCCAUGUUAGAUACCCACACUCAGCAGAGUAGCGGAACGACUCGAAGUGCUCGUUUUGGGCCGUGCUGUUGGAAAUUAAAUCGUACAGCAAGGGGUUAAAACAACGCAAAAAGUAUUAAUAAUGGUUAUUUGAAUACUUGGCCUGCUUACGAGAAAUCGAUAAUGACAUGUUCUCAAAGUGUUGGCAGGAAUAAGAGUAAAUAAUUCUGCCGAAACCAUAGUUAAGUAAGGAAGACACUUCCUUUUCCGGUGGUUGUUAUUUAUUUGAGCAUUUGCAAACAAGUUAGAUGAAAUUUAACAGUCAUAAAUAUUAAUUUAAACAAAAGUUUAUUAUGUAAACAGCUACAUAACAUAUUAUAACUACUGAGAACGACCAAA